AUGGCUCCCAUACGACUUCGCCACCCGAAAGGCGUGACCACACUGCAGGUCGACGUCGACAGUGCUUCCGUGCUUGACUUGCAGCAGCAGAUCUACUCAGUCACGGACAUACCUCCAUCGCAGCAAGAUCUUAAGUCUGGGUACCCUCCGCAAUCGCUCACGCUCAUACCGGAACUCCCGCUCGCUAGCCUUGGGCUGAAAGGUGGCGAUCAGCUUAUGCUCAUGCAGAAGGCGGGAGCAUCGUCUGCACCAUUUCAAGCAUCUCCUGCACAAAUUAGUGCGCCUUCAUAUGCGCCACAAGCAAGUAGGCCGCCGCCAGCUGCGUCUCCGACCGUAGGCGCAACGCAUGCACGAGGACCUGAUUCCGUGCCCACUGAAGGGGGAUACCUGGUACACCGAAUCGUCCCAGACGACAAUUCAUGUUUGUUCUCCUCCAUCGCCCUCGUCUUUGAGCAGGACAUGAGCAAGGCGCCGAUGAUUCGACAGAUUGUUGCGGAUGCGAUCCGGAGGGAUCCCAACACAUGGAGCGACGCCAUCCUCGGCCGAUCACGAGAAGACUACAUCUCCACGAUCCUGAAGCCGUCUACUUGGGGCGGUGCGAUCGAGCUGACUAUCCUCGCCUCGCACUACUCCACCGAGAUCGCAUCAGUCGACGUCGAGACGGGCCGCGUCGACCACUUCACCCCUCCUCCCGCUUCCGACUCCGGUAGCAGGUGCAUACUGGUGUACUCCGGUAUCCACUACGACGCGGCGACGCUCGCCCCGAUGCUGGACGCCCCUGCGGACUUUCACCAGACCGUCAUGCCAAUUACAGGCGAAGGAGACUCGGACCCCGUCAUUGUGGCUGCGAAGAAGCUGGCGGAUAUCUUGAGGGCGAAGAGGGCGUACACGAAUACCACGACGUUCACCAUUCGGUGUCAGGUAUGCAAGAAGGGCCUCAAGGGAGAGAAGGAAGCCCGCACACAUGCUAUGGAGACCGGACACGUCGAGUUUGGAGAGUACUGA